AUGAGCACUCCAUUCGGCUUAGAUUUAGGCAACAAUAACUCAGUACUGGCAGUUGCCAGGAAUAGAGGUAUUGACGUCGUUGUCAAUGAAGUUUCUAACAGAUCUACGCCAUCCCUGGUCGGCUUUGGCCCUAGAAAUAGGUAUUUAGGUGAAUCUGGUAAAACUAAGCAAACGUCCAAUGUUAAAAAUACUGUGGAAAACUUGAAAAGGAUCAUUGGUCUGAAGUUCAAAGACCCUGAGUUCGAUAUCGAGAACAAAUUCUUUACUUCAAAAUUAGUACAACUGAAAAAUGGUAAAGUUGGUGCUGAAGUCAAGUUCGGCGGUAAAACACACAUAUUUUCAGCUACUCAACUAACUGCUAUGUUCAUCGAUAAAGUUAAGCACACUGUUCAACAGGAAACGAAGUCAUCAAUCACUGAUGUCUGUCUUGCGGUGCCCGUAUGGUAUUCCGAAGAACAACGUUAUAACAUAGCUGAUGCCGCUAGAAUUGCAGGAUUGAAUCCUGUAAGGAUUGUCAAUGAUGUCACUGCGGCAGCUGUUUCGUAUGGUGUCUUCAAAGAUGAUCUGCCUGGUCCUGAAGAAAAGCCGAGAAUAAUUGGCUUGGUGGACAUUGGGCAUUCUACUUAUACCUGUUCUAUUAUGGCUUUCCGCAAAGGCGAAAUGAAAGUAUUAGGUACUGCUUAUGACAAGCACUUUGGUGGUAGAAAUUUCGAUCGUGCAAUCACUGAACAUUUCGCUGAUCAAUUUAAGGAUAAGUACAAGAUUGACAUUAGGAAAAAUCCGAAAGCUUACAACAGGAUUUUAAUCGCUGCUGAAAAGUUGAAAAAGGUACUCUCCGCGAACUCUACUGCUCCUUUCUCCGUUGAAUCUGUUAUGGACGACAUUGAUGUUUCUUCUCAGUUGAGUCGCGAAGAACUAGAAGAAUUAGUAAAACCUCUGUUGAAACGUGUGACGUAUCCGAUUUCUAAUGCCUUGACUCAAGCUAAAUUAAGCGUCAAUGAUAUUGACUUUGUAGAAAUAAUUGGCGGUACAACACGUAUCCCAGUUUUAAAGAAGUCAGUAUCUGAUGCUUUCGGUAAACCUUUAUCAUCUACUCUAAACCAAGAUGAAGCUGUUGCUAAGGGAGCUGCUUUCAUAUGCGCCAUUCACUCGCCAACUUUAAGGGUCAGACCAUUUAAAUUUGAAGAUAUUGAUCCAUAUUCAGUGUCCUACACUUGGGAUAAGCAGGUUGACGACGAGGAUCACUUGGAAGUUUUCCCUGCUAAUUCCUCAUAUCCAUCAACGAAACUAAUCACUUUACAUCGUACAGGCGACUUUCACAUGAAAGCGAUAUACACUGAUCCUUCAAAACUACCAAAAGGUUCUUCCGCAACUAUUGCUAAAUGGAGAUUCACUGGUGUCAGUGUUCCUAAAGGUAAAGAUUUUGUUCCUGUAAAAGUUAAGCUAAGAUGUGAUCCUUCUGGCUUGCACAUUAUCGAGAACGCUUACACAAUGGAAGAUAUUACAGUUCAAGAACCAGUACCUUUACCUGAAGACGCACCAGAGGACGCUGAGCCUCAAUUCAAGGAAGUUACUAAAACGGUUAAGAAGGACAUGCUAGGUAUGACUGCGGAAACAUUUGCGCUGAACCCAGUUGAAUUGAAUGAUCUAAUUGAAAAAGAAAAUGAAUUAACAAACCAGGAUAAGCUGGUUGCUGAAACCGAGGAUCGCAAAAAUGCUCUUGAAGAGUACAUUUAUACUCUUCGUGCCAAGCUCGAUAAUGAGUACUCUGAUUUUGCAUCUGAUGCAGAAAAACAGAAAUUGAAAAACAUGUUGGCCAGCACCGAAAAUUGGUUAUACGGGGAUGGCGACGAUUCUACCAAGGCGAAAUACAUUGCUAAAUAUGAGGAAUUGGCAUCAUUAGGGAACGUUAUUAGAGCUAGGUAUGUAGCGAAGGAGGAAGAAAAAAGACAGGCACUGAGAGCGAAUCAAGAAACUUCCAAAACGAAUGAUAUCGCUGAAAAAUUGGCCGGACAAAGAAGAGCACAAGCUGCAAGUGAUGAUAACGAUGAUGACAAUGAUGAAAACAUGGACCUUGAUUAA